AUGGCGAAUAGCAAGUACGAGUAUGUCAAGUCAUUCGAAUUGGAGGACGAAGUCAUGCUUCCUAACUUGAUGGUUGUUCGAAUCGAUGGUCGUGAUUUUUCCAGAUUUGCUCAAGUUCAUGAGUUUGAGAAGCCUAAUCAUGAAGCAGCUCUCGAUCUGAUGAAUUCCUGUUCAGCUGCGGUUUUGGAAGAGUUUCCUGACAUUGUCUUUGCAUAUGGAUACAGUGACGAAUACAGCUUUGUAUUCAAGAAGACAUCAAGAUUCUACCAGAGACGAGCCAAUAAGAUUUUUUCGUUGGUGGCUUCGUUCUUUGCUGCAGUCUAUGUAACAAAAUGGAAAGAGUUCUUUCCCGAAAUAAAUUUGGAAUAUGCUCCUUCCUUCACUUCAAAAGUCGUAACUUGUGCAUCAUCAGAGGUUCUUCAAGCUUAUCUUGCGUGGAGACAACAGGACUGCCACGUCAAUAAUCUGUAUGACACUUGUUUCUGGCUGUUAGUUCAAAGUGGAAAGACCAUAAGUGAAACACAAGAGUUUCUGAAGGAUACACAAAAACAGCAGAAAAAUGAGCUUCUCUUUCAGAAAUUUGAUAUCAACUACAAAACGCUUCCUGAAAUUUUUCGCCAAGGAUCGUGUCUUUUCAAGGCAAAGGUGGAAGAAACUGUAAAGCAUGAUGAGAAUGGCAAUCCUGUGAAAAGAUUGAGGAGAAAGGCUGUUUUUGUACACUCAGAGAAUAUUGCCGGAAGAAGCUUUUGGAAUAACCAACCCUCCCUAUGUCAGGAUCUUGGGAACUUCACGAAAGACAUUCGAAACAUUGAACCAGAUUAUACUAGGUCGUUUCAGUUUGAGAACAAACUGUUACCUUUGACUUGGGUUGUGGUCAGGAUUGAUGGCUGUCAUUUUCACAG